AUGGUUCUUAAAUCAAUUUUAGCUAUAGUUACUUGUGUGAUAUUUAUUUUAGAUGGACUUACACAAGUUUCGGCAGAAUGCACAAUUCCAGUGGUUCUUAGAAAUACUUGGUUUUCUUUUGAAAAUGGACAGCAGACGAUAACCGAUAUAAAUGCAAGUGAAAUGACUGGAAGGGGAACAUGUGUUAAUAUUAAAGCAGAUUAUCAUGUAAACUAUACUAUGGUUUUUCAACAUUCUAAGUGCUAUUACUGUGUCAAGUUAAUAGUUCGAACUGUGAAUGUUUUGGAAAAAAUUGAAACACCCUGUGUCAAUCUGCCACCUGAUGAAGAGCCUUCAGUAGAAAGAGUGUGCAAAGAGUUUAAAGAUGAUCAAUCUCUGAUAACAUUGUUCUCAGAGAAUUCAGUUCCUGUUAACUGCAGGUCUUCGCUUGAAGGUGUAUGGCAAUUUGCUUAUCAGAAUCGUUUCCGAUUCACCGGUGAAUGUAACCACCCAGGAGCUCAGAUUAAAUCAUGUCAAACAGCUGGUACCCAGUUUCUUAUAACCAACCAGAAGUUCAAUAUAACUUAUAAGGAAUGUCCCGGUAUGUCUGGUACUUUUGAAGGUGUUGUUGAAUAUAGCUGUCUAGGUCAUUGGUUUGUUGAUAAGAACCACUUCUUUGCUGUUGCGAAUACAAAGGAGUCACGUAAAGAUGAAAGGUACCGUUGCUUCCUUAAGAAUAGGGACGAUGAUCUUUAUAUCGGUGCAUCAAUAACGCCUCAAUGCAACACUUUGAAAACUGUCGAAAAAUCGCCGGAGAGAUACAGAAUAACACCAGUGAAGGCAGAAGUAGUGGAACCAGGAUGCCGUUUGCCUCAAAACUUUUCCGGAGAUUGGAUCAAUACAGCUAAUAUUGAUGCUGAUGUGUUUAUCAAUGAGACUCACAUUAUUGAAACUUAUUAUCCAGAUGAAGGAAGAUACAGAAGGACAAUAUAUGUGUGCAGGGAGCAACGUGAUAGUCGUGUUAUGAUGGCCCGCCUUACUGUUGAUGGUUGUCAAAAAGAUUACGUGUGUUUUGACUUUGUACCUCAACAUCAUAAUAUUAUAAGAUAUCGCAAAGGUCUAGCCAUGAUACAAAGUAAUUUCCACACAGUCUGCUCAUGGGUACAAUUUCCUAACAAACAGAAAUGGCGUUACGAUUUAUUCUUGAAGAGAGAUCCCUCACCUAUAAGAUGUCCCGUUGCCGGCAAAUUUAAUUUCACACAAAGAGGAGAUGUUAAAUUCGAGACUAGGAUACUCGGUGGAGUAACUUUAAGUCCUCGUCCGAACUUGUACUGCAAAUUGAACAUAAGCGACUUUUCUGUAUGUGAUGUAGAUCAAAAGACCAUACAAAUAAAAGAGAAUUAUUGUUUAACUGUGGACCAUUUGGGACGACCAGUUGAUAUUUACAGUGACCCAGAUUAUAAAAUGAAAUGUAUCGGAUUUUGGAAGGAGAAUUUGAAGUCUUAUUUGAUCACAUAUGAUGAACUGGAUCCCUUCUCAAAAUAUAGAUGUUGGGUUUACCAAAGAGCUGAUCUCAACAGAGUUCUUAUGUCUCAAGCUCUUGGUCCAUACUGCGAUUUGAAUCAAGAUGUAACAUCGUGGAAUUACACAGAGGGUGCAGCUGUGGCUAUUGAAAUGGAAGAAUAUGAGAGGGAGAGGGAUCAAUGUCCCAUGCAUUUUGAUGAUGGUAGUGACCCCUGGUCAACCAAAGAAAAUUAUAUUAAAGUCUUUAACUUUGCUUACUCAUUUUGGAGAAGCAAUGGUGCAGCCACCAUAAGAAUGUUUUUACCUCUCAUAGCUUUAGUAAUUGGUAUAAAUAUCUGGAAGAAUCUUAAUUUUUCUGAUAGGUUAAUGUAG